AACACGCUUACAGCAGGCGUCUCUGCUUCGUCGAUGUGCCCUUCGAGCGAUCACAGUGGUGUACCAGCGAAGUCGGUGGAGUCCCAUGUCUUGUCAUUCAUUUGGUAUGCGGCUAACAAGUCUAGCAUGAGGAAUGUGGCAAGCAGGUUCGACCUGGCAGAGAGCUCUGUGCAUCGUAUGUUGCAAAGGGUUGCAGAUUUUAUCAUUGAAAUGGGACCAAAUGUCCUCACGUUUCCUGAUGACAUGGACAGGCUGUCUAGGGAUUUUGAGAAGGUGUCUGGGGUACCUGGUGUGGUUGGCUGCAUAGAUGGAUCCUACAUCAAAAUCCAGUGCCCAAAGGAGAAGGUUGCAGCUACAUACUGCAACAGGCAUCACUACCUCUCCAUCACUCUACAAGCAGUCUGUGACAACAGAAGACGUUCUGUUGAUGUACUUGUAGGGAGCUCAAGCAGAACCCACGACGCACGUGUUUUCCGCCAGUCGUCCUUGGCCACUAAGCUUCCAGGCCUGUGUCAGGGUGACAAGUACCAUCUCUUGGGUGACGCAGCCAAUCCUUUGAGACAAUAUCUCCUGAGACCCUACAGAGACUACAGGAACCUCUCAAAAGCCCAAAGGGAGUUCAACAUGAAGUUCUCAGCAACCCGUGUGCUGAUAGAGAAUGCCUUCAGCAGUUUGAAGAAACGCUUCCGUCAACCCAUGUACUUGGAGCUGCACACGGUUGAUUGGCUCAACAAAUUUAUUCUUGCAUGCUGCGUUUGGUACAAUCUUUGCAUAGACGCAGGUGAUACAGUCCCUGACGAGACAGAGGACACUGAGGUGCCUGGCGACACUAACUCGAUGCGCAGUGAUGGGGAGGCGAAUUUGACACUGGGCAGUGAAGAGGCUGCACUGCGCAGACUGGGAGAAAUCAAGAAAGAGAGAGAGAGUUGCAGCACAAAUGAGGCAACGUGA